GACCCCGGCAUGGCGGCCGGGCGCGCGCGCGUCACUUCCGGCGGGCGGCGGAUAUAAGCGGCAGGAUUUCCGCUUUCGCUCCUUUCCGGCGGUGACGACCUGCCCACGAGAACAUGCCCCUCGCGAAGGACCUCCUGCACCCGUCCCCGGAGGAGGAGAAGAGGAAGCACAAGAAGAAGCGCCUGGUGCAGAGCCCCAACUCCUACUUCAUGGACGUGAAGUGCCCGGGGUGCUACAAAAUCACCACCGUGUUCAGCCACGCGCAGACGGUGGUGCUGUGUGUGGGCUGCUCCACCGUCCUGUGCCAGCCGACAGGAGGAAAAGCAAGGCUCACAGAAGGAUGCUCCUUCAGACGGAAGCAGCACUGAACGCACCCUGAGUCAACAUGAGUGGGGAACUAUCCCAAUAAACAGAUUUUGGAUACGUUC